UCGGCCGAACAAAGCGUCGACUGUGAAACAGCUCUUAGUAAAACAAAUUGAAACAAAGUCGCACAACGUAACCAACUAGUGGACAAAAUAUCUUAAAACAAGAUGUCGUGUGGUGUCGUGUGUGUGUUUAUUGUUUUUAUCUGUCAAAAUGGACUACAAUUAUCGAAUGCCGAAGAAAAUGCUACUACAAUAGCUGAACAACCUACAACUAAACCAUCUACUCCAGAUGCACUUGCACAGGACCCAGCUGCAGAAGAUCGAACUACACAAAACUCGACUGCACUGAAUGCAACUGCAGCAGAUUCUUCUACAAAAAAUCCACCUAUAGUGGACCUAUCUACACCAAAAUCCGAAACCAGAGAAGGAAACACGACAGAAAACUUAGAAGAAGUUGUAACAUCCAAAGAACCACCAAAGUUAGUAGCACUUGUAGAAGAUGAUUUACCAACACAAACAAAAAAUGAUAGUACAGUUACACCCACAGCAAUAUCGCCACAAACAGCAGAAGAUAAACAAGAGAAUAAAACAUCAAGAGAAGAAACAAAAAAAGAAGAAAUAUCUACCGCAUCAAGUACUGACGAUUCAAAAUUAAGUAAAGAUGCUACAACUGCUACAGUUAAGAAAACCAAUGAAGAUGAACCAAAUACAAAAGACGAUGAGAAAGUCAAGCAAGAAAUAAAGGCUACCGAAAAAAGCGAUGUAGAACUUAGUACUACAGCACCUCCGAAAGCAACAGAAACCAAAUUUCGCAGAGCUCCAAUGAGCUAUGUUGAAGUUCGAAACGACAUUGAAAAGGUGGUGUCCCACAGCGUAGAUUCAGCGAAGGGCUUCGCAGGUGAUGCAUACAAUGCAAUGAGAUCUGCCUUCUCCAAUGUUAUAAAUAAAUAAUUUAUUACCUACAA